GGGAGCGGCUCAGACCGGCGGCGGGCGCUCGGCGGGGACGCGGCGGCGCGGGCAGCGGCACGGCAGCGGCGGCCGUCGGGGCGGCCGCGCCUCCGGGAGCGCCUCCCGCCGCCACCUCGGGGCCGGCCCCGCCAUGGGGCGGCCGCUGUGAGCGCGGCGGCGGCGGGGCUGCGCCUCUCGCCCCGGCCGGGGCUCCCCUCCAUUGUUCCCGGGAGCGGCGGGCACCGCGCCGCGGGGCUCCGCUCGGAGGGGCUGACAGCCCGGCGGAGACCCCCCCCGCGCCCGCCCGGGGUCCCCAUGGAGUGGGAGUUGUGGAGCCCAGUCGCCGAGCAGUAGCCGCAGCAGUGGGAUGUUGACCUGGCGGUGCCUCAUCCUUUGGGCUGUGCUGGUCACAGCCGCGCUCGCCGCCGCCCGCCCGGCCCCCACCCUGCCCGAACAAGCUCUGCCAAAAGCAAAAAUCGAAGUGGAGUCCUAUUCGGCGCACCCCGGCGACCUCCUCCAGCUGCGCUGCCGGCUGAGGGAUGACGUCCAGAGCAUCAACUGGGUGCGCGACGGCGUCCAGCUGGCCGAGAACAACCGGACGCGCAUUACCGGGGAGGAGGUAGAGGUCAGGGACGCGGUGCCCGAGGACUCGGGGCUCUAUGCCUGCAUGACCAACAGCCCCUCGGGAAGUGAGACCACCUACUUCUCCGUCAACGUCUCAGACGCGCUCCCCUCCGCAGAGGAUGAUGAUGAUGAAGACGACUCCUCGUCAGAGGAGAAGGAGGCGGAUAACACCAAGCCGAACCAGGCCAUCGCUCCGUACUGGACCUAUCCUGAGAAGAUGGAGAAGAAGCUCCACGCCGUCCCCGCCGCCAAGACGGUGAAGUUUAAGUGUCCGUCGAGCGGGACGCCCAACCCCACGCUGCGCUGGCUGAAGAACGGCAAGGAGUUCAAACCCGACCACCGCAUCGGGGGCUACAAGGUUCGCUACGCGACCUGGAGCAUCAUCAUGGACUCGGUGGUGCCAUCCGAUAAGGGUAACUACACCUGCAUCGUGGAGAACAAGUACGGGAGCAUCAACCACACCUACCAGCUGGAUGUCGUGGAGCGGUCCCCGCACCGGCCCAUCCUGCAGGCAGGGCUGCCGGCCAACAAGACGGUGGCCCUGGGCAGCAAUGUGGAGUUCGUCUGCAAGGUGUACAGCGACCCCCAGCCCCACAUCCAGUGGCUGAAGCACAUCGAGGUGAACGGCAGCAAGAUCGGCCCCGACAACCUGCCCUACGUGCAGAUCCUGAAGCACUCGGGGAUUAAUAGCUCUGAUGCGGAGGUGCUGACCCUGUAUAAUGUGACAGAGGCGGAGAGCGGGGAGUAUGUUUGUAAGGUUUCCAAUUAUAUUGGCGAGGCCAACCAGUCUGCGUGGCUCACUGUCACCAGGCCCCUGGCCACAGCUAUCGAGGACACCCCGGCCAUGAUGACAUCCCCCCUCUAUCUGGAGAUCAUCAUCUACUGCACCGGGGCCUUCCUCAUCUCCUGCAUGGUUGUGACCGUCAUCAUCUACAAGAUGAAGAGCACCACCAAGAAGACGGACUUCAACAGCCAGCUGGCCGUGCACAAGCUGGCCAAGAGCAUCCCCCUGCGCAGACAGGUAACAGUCUCGGCCGACUCCAGCUCCUCCAUGAACUCGGGCGUGAUGCUGGUGCGGCCCUCGCGCCUCUCCUCCAGCGGCACCCCCAUGCUGGCCGGCGUCUCCGAGUACGAGCUGCCCGAGGACCCGCGCUGGGAGCUGCCCCGCGACAGGCUGAUCCUGGGCAAGCCGCUGGGCGAAGGCUGCUUCGGGCAGGUGGUGCUGGCAGAAGCCAUCGGCCUCGACAAGGACAAGCCCAACCGCGUCACCAAGGUGGCGGUGAAGAUGCUCAAGUCUGACGCCACGGAGAAGGACUUGUCCGACCUCAUCUCCGAGAUGGAGAUGAUGAAGAUGAUCGGGAAGCACAAGAACAUCAUCAACCUGCUGGGUGCCUGCACGCAGGACGGUCCCCUCUAUGUCAUUGUGGAGUACGCCAGCAAGGGCAACCUGCGGGAGUACCUGCAGGCGCGGCGGCCCCCGGGCAUGGAGUACUGCUACAACCCCGCCCGCGUCCCCGAGGAGCAGCUCUCCUUCAAGGACCUGGUGUCCUGCGCGUACCAGGUGGCCCGUGGCAUGGAGUACCUGGCCUCCAAGAAGUGCAUCCACAGGGACCUGGCGGCCAGGAACGUGCUGGUGACCGAGGACAACGUCAUGAAGAUCGCUGACUUCGGGCUGGCCCGCGACAUCCACCACAUCGAUUACUACAAGAAGACAACAAACGGCCGCCUGCCGGUGAAGUGGAUGGCCCCCGAGGCGCUCUUCGACCGAAUCUACACCCACCAGAGCGAUGUGUGGUCCUUCGGCGUGCUGCUCUGGGAGAUCUUCACGCUGGGCGGCUCGCCCUACCCCGGCGUGCCCGUCGAGGAGCUCUUCAAGCUGCUCAAGGAGGGGCACAGGAUGGACAAGCCCAGCAACUGCACCAACGAGCUGUACAUGAUGAUGCGGGACUGCUGGCACGCCGUCCCCUCGCAGAGACCCACCUUCAAGCAGCUGGUGGAGGACCUGGACAGGAUCGUGGCCAUGACCUCCAACCAGGAGUACCUGGACCUCUCGGUGCCACUGGACCAGUAUUCCCCCGGCUUCCCGGCCACGCGCAGCUCCACCUGCUCCUCGGGCGAGGACUCCGUGUUCUCCCACGACCCCCUCCCGGACGAGCCGUGCCUUCCCAAGCUGCCCCCCCAGCACACCAACGGCGGCCUGAAGCGACACUGAGGGUGGUCCUGCCACCGAGGACUGCUGCACCGCGCCGUGCCGUGCUGCGCCGUGCCCGCCGGCUGCCGCGCUCAGCCCUUGCAGGACAGGUUCAGAGCCAAACCGCAGCAUCUCCCGUAACCAAACCCACCCACCCCUCCUGCUCCUCCUGCCGCCUCCGUCAUCGCUCCCUGCAGCCCGAAGCUUUUGUUCUGAUGGGUUUUUGGCGUUUCCUUUUGUUUUAUUGUUUUUAACGCAAUUUUCCAUGAACUCUGUGCUUGACUGUUUCCACUUGGUUACGCCAAAACCCUCUCCGGUGGGCAGCACCAGGGCACCAGCCACCCAGCCCGGGACGGCGGCUCCUGGCAGGGCAUGGAGAGCCAGGCUUAGCUGGGCUUAGCUGCACCUUGGAGAACUCGCUAAGCCGAGACCAGCACCGGGUUCUGCGGCCAUGUGAGCCGGGGCUGUGCCGGGAACCCCACUGGUGCGCCGGGAACCCCACCGGUGUGCUGGGAACUCACCGGUGCGCCGGGAACCCACCGGUGUGCUGGGAACCCGCGGGCACGGCCCCGCUGCCCCGGGGCUGGUCCCGCAGCUCGGCAGCACCAGCACCCGCGGGCUGUGCCGACCCAGCGCCGGUACCGGGGGGCGGGAGCCGCGGCGUGUGCGUUUCCCGGCACUGCCGGGGGCGGCCGGACACAGCAGCGCUCGGAACAGAUUCCUGUGUACAUAGCUAAAAUAUGUAUAAAUAUGAAUAUAUAUUUACAUGUCUUUUUAAAAGGGUUGUUACCAGAGAUAUACCGGUGGGGUAGUGAGGUACUAGUGGCUGGUAGAUAUCAGUUGCUACAAAAAAAAAAAGUCCAUAUAUUUUGCUACUUUUGCUGUUUUUAUUUUUUUAAAUUAUGUUCUAAACCUAUUUCAGUGUAGGUCCCUCGGUAAGAAUUGCUGCUGCUGCUUCAGUUUUAUAUGGGGUUGUAUUCAACAGUAAUAAUAACGUGUCGAUGCCUUUUGGGAAUACGUUGUCAUGCCGUGCCUGGCCUCGCCCUGGCCCCACGUCCCCCGCGCCCGGGGCCGGGCACCGUGUCGGUGCCCCCGCGGUUUGGGCAGUGCCGGUGCUGGGGGUGCCCGGGGGCUCCCGUGGGGAGGAGCGGGGGCUUGGGGGUCACAGUGGUCCCCGGGACACCGGAGCAGUGCCAUGUGUCACUGACACCCUAACCCAGCUCGGUGCCCGCGGGGGACACGGGCCAUGCCACCAGUGCCUUACCGGUGCCCAGUUUGCCGUGCCGGGGAGGACGGGGCACGUCCCUGGCUGGGGACAGCGCGGGGACACGUGUGUCCCUGUCCCUCCUUGUCACUGGUGUUGAGACUCCAGAGCCAGAUGCUGUUACUUGAAAAGUUUAUUUUGCCUUUGUAUGGAGAAAUAUUAUUUGUUGUAAACUCUUCUGUACUGAAUCUGGAAUUCUUGUAAUUAUUAAAGACUUUAUCCAAGA